AUGCACUCUCCCUCGCAUUCUCCAACGCGGCGACCCCGAUUUUCCGAUGGCUCACCGGAUUUCGAAGACAGGGGCCGACGCAACAGCGGCUCCGUCGACCGCAUAGAUCGCUACCGAGAGUCCUCACGGGCUCGAGAAUCCUCGAGGCCCCCCGAUGACAGUCGCGCUCGAAAGUUGUCGCUGGGUCCAGCACCGCCGCGGAGAGCACUUUCCUCCUCAGGCAGCUUUGACCUAAGCUCACCGAAGGGCAUGGAGGGUGGCAUUGGCUUCAGCAGCAUGAGCAGUCAAUGGGCAGCGACAGCCCAACUCUUCGAAUCCAGCUUGCAGAACAGCCUCUGCUUGACGCCAUCAUCGUGUUCCAGCACGACGCGCACGGCCCCCUUCAGAACCCCAACGCCACCGCCGCAACGAGCCCGCGCCAAGGCUAACGACGGAAACAGCAGCGACUACUCCGACGACUUCGAGGCUCCCCCGCGCCCGGCACUCCCAGCCGCGCCCACAGCACCUGCCGCACCCGCCGCGCCCGUCGCACCCGCAGCCCGCGCCCCAGCAGCACUGGCCCCUUCGGCGCCCGCGGCUCCCACAGCUCCCGUGGCCCCCAUAGCUCCAGUAGCUCCACAGAUUCCGGCGCAGCUUCCACCACCGGCCCGACCGGUGCUUGCACCUGCACCCGCAUCACCUGCUCCUCCCACACCCCAACUUCCAGCCCCGCCCACACCCAGCGUGCCAGUUGCACCACUUGCACCAGCUACAAUCAGACCCCCUCCUGUUGCACCUGCCACACCCGCAACGCCUGGGCCUGCGGCACCUGGCGCUCCUGUUGCACCCAUCGCACCGGCUGCACCGUUCCCGCCUGCGGCGCCCAUGCCACCACCACCUUCCCCAUACUUGCAAGACACGUUCGCUGGCGAAGCAACGAGAGAUGAUGCAAGCCUGCUGCGAAUCCUGGAGGAGGUCAGCCCACCUGACCCACCUCCACCGCCAAGGUCCCUCAGUGCUUCCAGAAGCCCCCGGCCGGCUCGCAAGAGCCCAAGGAGCCCAAGGAGCCCAAGCAGCCCAAAGAGCCCCAGUCGAAAAGGUUUCUCGGAUGCCUAUUCGACAGAGGCGGCGGGCAAAGUACACGUAGUUGUUCAGCAUCUCACGGAACUAUGUGAGCCUAUCAGCACUGCGCUGUGCUUGUCAGACUUGAUCCUGGAGAAGGACGUCAAAGUAGCUGGCGUGCUCCUCCGAAAGGGUAUGAGAUUGGUUCCGUGGAAGGGCUUGGAGUCAUGCCACUCCUACACAAGCCUUCUCCACAGCCUUGAGAAGUCCCUGCAGCUGACCUUCGAGUGGCCGCAGGUCACGCCGCCUGUUCCUGACUUGCUGUUUGUGCCCUACGAGUGGAGAUGUCCGCAAUGCCUGGAGCCGUUGCCGAUGCAGGUGCCCGAGGCCUGCAGCGCGGUGGCACUCCUUCGCAGUGCUGUGCCUGGUGUGGACGACUUCAUCGAUGGACCACCGCGAAACCUAUGGCAGAUAUCUGAAAUGGACUCGGUGCCGAAACAGAAGCUGCAGGAGCACGUCCUGAAAGACACCUCAGACUGGGCUUCUACGACCGAGCUGCGCUGCAGCGCGUGCCACCAAUCCAUCUGGAAUCUCUGGAACCCUCCGGCCUACAGAUGUGAUCGCUGUGGGCUUGCAGUUUGUCCGCAGUGCCUUUACAACAGCAAGAGGCUACACCAGCCACUUUGCUGCCCACCUACCAGAAGUUCUGCAGGUGAUACUUGCCGUUUGCUGGCCGCCCAUCUUCACAAACCCUUCGACUUGUCCCCCCUGUUGGACGUGGGCUCGCUGGCAAGGUGUCCAGACAGCGCCGCGGGCCGUUUGCUGCAGCGGAAAGCUGGCCGCCUCAUCCCUCUGCGGGAAGCAGCCGAGUACUAUGGGCGCGCUGCCCUUUUACACGCCAAAGCCGAGAAGCUGCGAGGUCAGGGGCUUCUCGGUGCGAGUCAGCCGAUGGAACGGCAGCAUCUGCUUCAUGAAGCCCGCGAGGCGCUGGGCACUGCUCUGCAUGGCCUCCGAGGUCCCAGAGGCGCAAGUAAGAAGCCGAAGACGGAUCCGGAACAGCGGGCGGUCAGUGCGCCCGAUCCGCGAGUUUGGUAUCUGCUGGGGCUCGUUAUGUGCAGUCUUGGCUCCCCCGAAGAAGGGCGGCAUGCAUAUCGUCAGGCCUUGUGCCAUUUGCCCAUGGGCAUAUUUGCUCACGCGGUGCACUUCAAUUCGGCCCUCAUCCACUCCCGAUCGGCCACGGCGGGGAACUCGGCUGCAGAAGCAGCCGCAAAGCGUGCCCUUCACGAGUUCCGACGCUGCUGCCGUGGCAUGCUUGGGAGGAGAGAUGAGAUGGAUGGAGGUCGCUCGUGCAAGCUCUGCGGUACUUGCUUUUGCACAGAACUGUGA